AAAUAAAUAAAUAAAAUAAAAUAAAAUUUGUAAUUUUCAAUUAUAUAAAGGGAAAAUACAAUCUUCUUCUUCUUCUUCUCCUUCUCUCUCCUCUGCCUUUCUAAAGCAGGACCACUUUCAUACUCCUUGAACAAACUCCAUUAGAAGACCUUGACCCUUUUCUCUAAACCCUCUUCCUAAAUCUGGGUCGUAUUUAUUUUUCUCAUAUUUCGAUCGAUAUUAUUAUGCACAGAAAUCUCCAUUAAAAAAAAAAUGUCGUUUCACCACCACCAACACCAUAACAGUAGCAGUACUAAUCUUCCUCAAGAAAUGGCUUUUCACCAGAACCCUUUUUCGGACCAGCCUUCACUAUCCGCCGGAGAAGAUGACGUUGCCGUUGGAGUUGGUGCUCCGACGUGGCUAAACAGCUCUGUGUUCAGACAACAGAACCUUCUCCACUUACUGUCUGAAUCGGAGCCCCGAAACGAAGAUGUCUUAGGGGCAGCGGAAGGAAGCAAGAUGAGCGAUUUCAUUGGCGAUCAAAGAAGGAACAGGAGAGAGGAAGAGGAAGAUGAGGAUGAAGAUGUAGAGAGUGAGGGCGCGUGGUACAAAGCCGAUAUAUUGCGGCACCCUCUUUACGAACAGUUGCUCUCGGCACACGUGUCGUGCCUGAGGAUCGCGACUCCUGUUGACCAGCUACCCAGGAUCGACGAGCAGCUUUCGCAGUCGCAGCGCGUGGUGUCCAAGUACUCCGAGCUCGGGAUUAGCGGUAGUGGUGGUGUUAGAGUGGUGGAUGAGAAAGAGCUUGAUCAAUUCAUGACAAAUUAUGUUAUAUUGCUCUGUUCUCUUAAAGAGCAAUUGCAACAACAUGUUCGAGUUCAUGCUAUGGAAGCUGUGAUGGCUUGUUGGGAGCUUGAACAAUCUCUUCAAAGCUUAACAGGCGUCUCUACCGGUGAAGGCACAGGUGCAACAAUGUCAGAUGACAACGAGGACCAACUAGAUAACGAUAUCAACUUGUAUGAUGGAAGCCUGGAUGGUCCUGAUAGCAUGGGAUUCGGUCCUCUUGUCCCUACCGAAACUGAGAGGUCGUUAAUGGAGCGUGUGAGGGAAGAACUGAAGCAGGAACUAAAACAGGGUUACAAGGAAAAGAUUGUGGAUAUUCGAGAGGAAAUUCUUCGUAAACGAAAGGCUGGAAAACUACCUGGCGGAACCACCUCUCUCUUGAAAUCUUGGUGGCAAUCUCAUUCCAAAUGGCCAUACCCAACUGAGGAAGACAAAGCCAAGCUGGUACAGGAAACAGGAUUGCAAUUGAAGCAGAUAAACAAUUGGUUCAUAAACCAAAGGAAGAGAAACUGGCAUAAUAAUCUCUCGCCGUCACCUUCUUCAAAGAGCAAACGAAAAAGGUGAAGCCCAACAUCUUGUAUCAACAAUGACUGUUCAUGUAAAUGGCCAAUCGAGUUACAGUCACUCCCUACUUCUUAAGCUAUAUAUACUGCUCCUUAAGUCUCUACACUUUUCCAAGUUCAUGGGAAGCUAGCUUCAUAUAGAGAUAAAGGAAGAGGUAAAACCGGUCUGCGGGAUAAGAUUAGAAGACUGUUCAAGAGAAGAUUAUAAUUCAGAUAUAGAGAAGAAAACUCGUACAGGUGAAAGGAAGAAGAUGAGUACAGCUUUGUGUUGUUGUGUACUACUAAAUUCAUAUGAAUGAUAUAUUUAAGGUCUACUAUGUUUUGUUAUUGUGCAUGAGAAUGGUUUUGAGCCUUUUAUUUCUAGUAAAAUGCAUUAGGUGAUAAUUAUAUUUGAUCCUGUAAAAGGGUUGUUACAAAUAUGAAAUAAUUUCAAUCCUGUGUUGUUGGAACUUGGGAUUUUAAAAUGUUUUUGUUUUGAGAUAGAAAAAUUAAUCAUUCGAAUUUUCAA